AUGACCAAGGUUAAACUCACCAACGUUGAAGUUAAGAACAACCCAACCAAAUUUACCGAUAAUAUUGAAUUAGAUGUUACCCUCGAAUGUAUGGAAGAAAUCUCAUCUGAUUUGGAUUUGGAACUUGUCUAUGUUGGUAGCAGUGCUUCUGCCGAUGAAGAUCAAGUUUUGGAAUCUGUUUCCGUUGGUCCAGUCAAGGUUGGUACAAACAAGUUUGUUGUCACUGCUCCUGCUCCAAAUGUUGAAAAGAUUUCUGCUUCCGACUUGUUGGAUUGUACUGUCCUCUUGUUGAAGGUUUCCUACAAUAAUCAAUUGUUCUCUCAAGUUGGUUACUUUGUUUCUAACCAAUAUACUGAUAAGGAACUCCAAGAAGCUCCUCCAUCGAAGCCAAUUGUUGAAAAGUUGGUUAGAACUUUGAACGACAAGCCAAGAGUUACUACUUUCCAAAUUGAAUGGUAA